AUGGCACAAGUCUCAUACAAGAUUGCAGGCACGCUUGUCGGACAAUAUACGAUUCAAGCAGGCGACACGUUAUCUGUAGUUGCCGAGAAGCUCAACGUUGAACUCGAUACACUCCUCGCGACGAAUCCGGGUGUCAAGCCUGAAAGCCUCUGGGUUGGGCAGACGAUCAAUGUCCCUUCUGACCAGACGGGUGCAGUAUUGUUCACUCUGGGAGACGUGGCACGGGUUCUUGGUAUCUCGGUCUCUGAACUCCAGUCUACGAAUCCUGGGAUAUCGAACGAUCUAGUCAUCAACCAAGUCAUCGCCACGCCCGCUCCGUCACAGGAGAUCCCUGGCUCGAGCGGAGGGAGCGAGGGUGGAGGCAGCUUCGUGGAUUACCCCGGGAUAGCUUCUCAACUCCCGCAUCCGAGCCAAUGGGCGCGGUACGCCGCGCUGUGGGAGUCCAACGUCAGGCUGAUGAAGUACAACUCUUCAGACAGCGAGAUCGCCUUGAUCAAGGAAUCCAUCGAGCGUGUGGCACGCGAGUCCGGCGUUGACGUCCGCGUCAUCCUGUGCAUCAUCAUGCAAGAAUCCGGCGGGAACGUGAGGGUCGGGACGAGCGACAACGGCGUACGGAAUCCUGGCCUCAUGCAGAGCCACAACGGCGUCGAGUUUGAUCCUGCCGACCCGGCUCACUCGAUCCUGCAGAUGGUUCGAGAUGGCACGACAGGUACCAGGCACGGCGACGGGUUGAAGCAUUGCUUUGCACAUCAGGGGAAUUGGUAUGCUGCGUUUAGAGAGUAUAAUUCUGGACCGGGCUUCAAUAAGGCGGAUCUCAACGAUCCGUCUGGAGCGACAGCUCACUAUGUCAAGAAUACGGCGAAUCGACUUAUGGGUCACGUUUGGGAUGGUAUGUGA